GCAUGCGCAGUGCGGACAGGAUGCGGCACCGGUCUGGACCGGCUUGAGCAGCGAGAAGUUAUCCGUGGCGCGUCGCUGUCGUCGAAUCCUCGCCUCCUCGUCGUCCUCCUCCUCCUCGUCGUCGUCAGUUCGCCUCGACCCCCUCUCGCCACCUUUCUUUAUUUUAGCCCGGGAAGGAGCAGCAUCGGGGGCUGUUGGGUAGUGGCGGUGGCUUCGGCGGCUGUUAAUUGUCCACCCCACCGGCUGUGCGGAAGAGGAGGAGUGGUGGUGGACAAGUGGCGGGGCGAGCGAGAAGGAUGGGGAUUUGUUGACGUGUCGAUACUCGUGAGGCCAUCCAUCGGUGGUGGGGCCAGUGAUGGGCGAGGCAAGGUGAGAGGGGCAUUAAAGGAGGCAAAACCCUCCUCGUCCUCCAGUCGAGCGUGGAGGUGGCACAGAAGAGCGAGCAGGACAAGUGCUGAGCUGUCGGUGGGUUGGGAGGACAAAGUAAACCGGUUUCACGCCAGUCUACCUCUUGAAAGAAAAUGGUGCCGUCUCAGGUCACAUUCCUCGUCAGGGCAGAUACUCUUCCAGGGGAAGCUGUGGGGUUGUGUGGGGACAGCCAAGACUUGGGCAGCUGGAAAUCUGAGAACUCUGUAACUUUGCAUCAAGAAUUACCAGACAGUAACAUCUGGACGGUGACUGUACCCCUGCUCUCUGUGAAAACUGUACAUUUUCGCUUCUUCAAAGGCUGCUUCUACGAGUCAAAGACUAAAGAUGGAAGUAAACUGGUCACGGUUAACAAAUGGGAGACCCACCUCCAUCCCAGGGAGUUUACACCAAUUGGUGCCAAUUGCAGUGUUGAUGGAGGACAUUUUGGCAUUGUCAAUGGAGUGACAUCUGUUGACAUCGGUUGGUUGACCUGCCAAACAGAGCUCCGGUUACGUCUGCACUUUUCUAACAAGCCGCCUGUUCUCAUAAAUAAGAAGAAAUUCAAGAACUCACGUUUUAGAGUGAAGCUGACUAUUGAAGGCACAGAGGAAGAUGACGAUUCAGAAAAUUACACGGAGGCAGAAUGUACCCAGACCGACAACCCCAAGGUGCCACUAUCCCUUGAGAUCUCUCUCAUCAGUCAGGGCCAGUACAAGUCACGGCACUCCCAGCCCGAGUGUGGAUAUGCCCUGGAGCCAUCAUGCUGGAUGGAGUACAUGGUCCAUACAGUGGACCCAGGGAACCUGGAGCUUACCUUUGACUUUUUUGAGGAGGAUCUGAGUGAGAGGGUGGUACAGAGCGAUGCCUUGCCAGGCCUGGUGGGCACGGCCUGCCUACUUUCAUCGACUCUCAUGGAAACGAGCAAAAGCAAUGGCGUCAUUAGUCUGCCCAUCAUGGGACGAAACACGCGGCAGACAAUCGGCAAAGUGAACGUUGACUACUUCAUCAUCCACCCAGCCCAAGACCUGCAUUGUGAUAUGAAGGCCUCAUUCUCCAAGUAUUGGAAGCCACGCCAGACCCUCGACAUCGGUCAUAGGGGUGCUGGCAUAUCAUACUUCACAGAGAAGCUUGCUAAAGUUCGAGAAAACACCAUCACCUCAUUUAAGAAUGCUGCAAGCCAUGGAGCUGCUUAUGUAGAGCUGGACGUUCAUCUCUCCAAAGAUCUUGUUCCAGUAGUAUAUCAUGAUUUUACCUGCUGUAUCUCCAUGAAAAAGAGGCACAUGGAUGAUCAAUCUGAGCUGUUGGAGAUCCCUGUGAGGGAGCUGACUUACCAACAACUGCAAAUGCUUAAGCUGGCUCACGCUCAUGCAAAAAAAGUCGACCUUGACCACGAUUCCAGUCUCAAUGAUUCUCACGACGUCCCAGAAACUCAGUCGUUCCCGACACUAGACCAGGUCUUUGAAGGCGUUCCUGAGCAUGUUGGCUUUGACAUUGAAAUAAAAUGGCCCUUGCAGCAGAAGAAUGGAGUGUGGGAAGGGAAUCUCUCGUCUUACUUCGACAUGAACCAAUUUGUUGAUAUCAUCCUGACCUGCGUACAGCAACAAGCCAAAACACGACGCAUCAUAUACUCCUCAUUCGAUGCCAAUAUCUGUGCCAUGGUCCGCUUGAAGCAGAAUAAAUACCCGGUACUCUUCCUAACUCAGGGAGUGACGGAGGUUUACCCAGAAUUCAUGGACAUCCGCACUCGCUCCACCCAAAUCGCCAUUCACUUUGCUCAAGCCGAAAAUAUCCUGGGAAUUAGCGCUCACACGGAGGACCUUCUGCGAAACCCAACCUACAUUGUGGAAGCCAAGUCCAAGGGGCUGGUGAUCUUUUGCUGGGGCAACGACACCAACGUGUCCGAAAAUCGACACCGUCUCAAGGAGCUGGGCAUGGACGGCCUCAUUUAUGAUCGAAUUUACGAUUCGAAACCAGAGGAGGCGAACACGUUCCAGGUUGAAGAGCUGAAUAAAGUCACCGAGGGGGUGCCGUUGGACGUCAUCAUCCACACGAACGGAGAGGACGCUCAUCAGAUCUCUUAAAUACAUGCCCGCAUACUAUCCUGCACUCCAAACUUUGGUAUUGAUUACGCAAUGAGAUCUCUUUAGAACCUUUCACUGCUCGAAUCCUUAUGCAGAUUGUGAUGUUUUGCAUGUGCAUAUACGCGUAACUAAUACUUUCACUUGGCUGUAUUGUGCAUUGCAUCCUGCUCAUAUGAACUUCAUUCCAAUUCCAUAAUCGGCUGGUCCAAAUUUGUUACUUUCGCAGUGUGUUAACUUUUAAAAGCAAAUGGAUGCGUUGUGAUGCUAUGUAUGAUUUGGCUUCUUUACUUGGUGCUAUUUAGAAAUAUCUGCAAUAAUGUCAAAUGUUGUUUGCAAAUGCGGCCAUCUCGAUCUGCUUUGGCACGAGCAUUUGCUGGAAGGUUUAAAACAUAAAACUUAAUACCUGGCUCGAUUUUGGCAUGCAAACGUCCUUGGCAUGCGACCUCUUCGGCUGUCUUAACUGCAAAAUGUAUAACAUCUGUAAUAUUGAAGUCGUGCAAAGACAAUGCAUAAUGAUGUAUAUUUAUUUUUCUUUUUUAUAUAUUCACUAACGUACGUUUACGCUCAACUCUAUUGGAUACGUUCAUAUUCAGGUCAUUUUAUACGUUGUGGUCUCUUGUUGAUUAUAAUUUGCGUUUAUUGUUGCAACCGAGGUAGCACGAGUUCAUUGUUGCCUCGGACAAAGCAGUUCGAUUACUAUCUGUUCACUGUAAUUGUGCAUGCGCAUUGGGAAAUCAGGACACAAUGAUGUAUUGAGAACAUACUUGACCUAGAUAACUGAAUGCACGUUUUGCUGAUUCGUAUGUCUUGUGAGUGCUUCGUAGCUCUAAAAUGUAAGCAACUAUUUUUUUUGUCUUAUAAAUGUUUAGUAGCAUCACACCUUUUUGUUGCGAGUUUGGAACUUAGAAAUGAUUGGUGCACAUGCCUUUUUUCAGUAUUUUAUUGCACUUGUGCUGUGAGGUACUUUAAAAAGACAACAUCAAUGCAGUGCUGAUAACUAUGUUUUAUGCGAUAAAAACUUUACGUGAUAAAGUGCAAUGAUGUCCUUUUAUUUUCAUUAUUGUGUGGUGUGGGCAGAUAAAAAAAAAUUAUAAUUUGUUUUGCUUGUUUGAAAGCAUGUUGCGUUUAUUGUUAAGACUUAAUUUGCACAUUGCAAAACCAAUUGGCGGCAUAUACAAUUAUAGAACGAAAUACAUUUAGUAUACAGUACGAUAUUACAUUUUUAUAUAAAAAGUGUUAUUUGGGUCUUUUGCUUGAACGUUUUCUGGGUUCAAUUACUUUUUACAUUUAAUGUCAGCAAUAUUAAUGAAAGGGCAUCGGCUGCUUUUGUAAACAUGUUCCUGACCAUUUGUUAUUUAAAUGAAAGCAUUAAAAACAAUUAUUAUACUCUAGUCCUUUGGGGUGAGUGGAGGUGCAAUGGUUAGUGCACUGCACUUUGAACCCGGUGACCUGAGUUCGAUUCCCGGCCAUGGCUAAUAUCAGCAGUGAGUGACAAGUUAACUUGCCCUGGGCCCCCUCCAUCCGCACUGAUCAUCAUGGUGAAGUAUGGUCAAAGAACCCCCAUGACUAAAACACAUGGGGGGUGGUCUUUAGAGGGUAUUGACGAAGGACUUUUAAAGUAUUAUUUUGUAUUAAUAUGCUUGAGAAUUUAUCUGGGAAUGAGAUAAUGUGAUGUUGUAUGUGUGUUAAAUGUACAGGGACUUCUGAUUUGUGUUUGCUGUUGCUUUCCGACGGCUGAACACGUUUACUUUUGGAGUGUGAAACAUUUGGAUUUAUUCAGUUAACAAUAGCUAUGUCUUUUCAAAAUGUAUCAUUAGAUUGCGUCAUGUACAUUUUCACACUUUUGUUUGUGAACUUUCUUUUAAAUGUACAUUAUUAAAUAACAAUCUUGCAUUAUCCUACCUCAAAUAGUACAUUAUGGUUUUUUUAGCUUGGUUGUCAGUUUAUGCGUUUGCAAGUGUGAACAUAAUGUGUACAGUAUGCAUAAUAAUACAGUAUAAGCCAUGUUUCAUUACAUAGGAUUUAAAAAUUAACGAAUUGGAAUUCAUGCGCGAAAUUAGCACUCUUGAUAUUUUUACCAAUUUAUCGUAGUUCUUCCACUCUGGGUUUAACCACUCACGAGGCAGUUUGAGAAUGCUGGGUUUGUAGAUUGCACACGCCACUGGGAAAGGAUGCCAGUUGAAAAUGUUUCAUGUUAUGUGUCAUUUUAAAAUCUAAAUAUGUGCCUAUUACAAUAUAGAUGUUCACGUGCCUGUAUUCUAAAUAAAGAUUCAUAAAUGCAUCAA